AUGACGGGAGAGGAUGAGGAGAGAUGCGAGAGAGAUCUUUGGACGAGAGAUCCGGAGAGAUGGCCCGACGAGGAGGGAACGGAGAAGAGAGUUGGUUAUAAAGAGAUGAGAGAUGGGGUGGAAGAGACGGGGGAGGAACUGAGCGCUGAGAGGGGGCGAGAUGAGGAUGAGAUACGAGGAUAUGAGGUGCAGAGAGAUAAGGAUUCCGAGAGAAAGAUGCAGAUGGAUUGGGAGAGGGGGGUGACUUGA